AAUACUCAAUAUUCAGUUUGAAAUUAAAUUUUAUUUAAGCCUUAGAAAAAUUAUUAUCUAAUCGUUUGUCUAUUUAAAUUGUGCUUCUUGUAAAAUGUCAACUUACUACUGGUUUUAAAUAAUUAACAAAUCGUGUAAUUUUUUCAGAAAAAUGAGUUUAUUGACGAGACUGCUUCAUAUUUGUGGUAGCUCUAGCUUCCUUGUUGCAAUCUACUAUGAUAUAUUUAUCCUUGAUCUUCCUGAAGAUAUAUCUCCGACUAGAGAGAAGUUUGGCGGACAUUUCAAAUAUCUAACCUUCCUAAACAUGUGUCUUCAGUUUCUCUUCUUCACCAACUGUAUUUUCGCGGAUUUUUCCGCUGAAAACUCGAGGAUUUGUAAACUCAGAGAUAUCGUCUUUGCUUCUGCUGCAUUUCCCAUCGGAAUCUUUGUUGGAGUCAUCUUUUGGAGUCUUUGGGCAAUAGACAGAGAACUUAUAUUUUCUGUAAGAUUUGAUGGAUUUUUCCCUGCCUGGCUGAACCAUUUCAUGCACACGACUGUGCUUCCACUUCAACUAGGAGAGCUUUAUUUAUGCAGACAUGAGUAUCCGAGUAGAAAGGUUGGUAUGAGUAUAACUGCAGCCCUGACAAUGGGAUACCUUGUCUGGUUAAAUGUUAUCUACUACAAGGCUGGAUUCUGGGUUUAUCCGGUCUUUAAGGUUCUUUCUCCUUCAGCCCGACCCAUAUUCAUGAUAUUCUGCUGUGCUUUAGGAGCCGUCUUCUACUUUUUAGGAGAAACUAUGACUAACGCAUUCUGGCCCAAGUUGACCGUCGUAGCUGGAGGAGAGACUGGGAGAAAGACGAGGAAAUCAAGGAGGGACUAAACUCUCAUAGCUUGGGGGCAGCUAUAAAGAUCACUUUAUUUUUGAUUAUUAAAUAAUUAUUAUUUUAACAUUGUUGUAUUAUGUUAGUUAAUUAGGCCAAAUUUUCUUGAUUAUAUGCAUUUAAUGAGACCGGUUUUUUAACUUU